UUGGAGCUCUCCUCUAAUUGUAAAGUUGGAUGAACUGAUAGUUCAUAUCUGUAUGAGCAGGAGUGAUGGACCUUAAGAUGAUUAAACUUGAAAUUCGGAACGUAAUAAACUCUAAAGUUAGUGCAGAGCAGUUUAGGACUUUCUCAUUGCUGUACAAGCUUUGGGUUUGUCAUUGCGCCUUCUCAUAUAUUACCUAUUUGCAAUGUGAAGUUACGUUGUGCAUGUUAUGCUUCUGCUGACUAUCAUCUUGUUAUUUCUCUUACAGCAUAUUUGUUGCUUUAAUAACCAUGCAAGAUGGUUCUAUUUUGGUACAAUCCAUGAUGAUUUCAAAGCUUGUUUUAAGUCAUGCUUUUCUUCACUUUGGAGCUACUUAUCGUUUGCAUUAAGCAAAUCUGGUGACUGCAAAAGUGCCAAUGGAAGAAGUCAAUUCUGCCGACACUGGCUCCGUCCCAAAACCUGAAGUAAUUUACCGCUGUAAAAAAUGCCGCAGAAUCGUUGCUUCGCAAGAGAACAUUGUUUCACACAAGCGCGGGAAGGGAGAAGAGUGCUUUAGGUGGAGGAAGAGAACAGGUGACCCGAACGAUUGGGAAAAGGAUCCAGCUGAAUGCUCAUCCAUAUUCGUAGAGCCCAUGAAGUGGAUGCAAGCAGUGGAAGACGGGCAUGUGGAAGAGAAGCUUCAGUGCAAGGGCUGCAACGCUCGCCUUGGUUCCUUCAACUGGGCGGGGAUGCAGUGCAACUGCGGAGCUUGGGUGAAUCCGGCAUUCCAACUGCACAAGAGCCGGAUCGACGAAUGCCGUAUUUGAAGCAUAGAUCAGUGUAAACCAUCUAUCCACUAGAACACUUCCGUGGUUUGUGCAUAAUCUCGCCCCAUAUGAUCAGCCAGUCGGCAUGUAGGCAAGGAACGACAAACUCGGAAAUCGACAUUGCACCGGUUAAAAUUGCUCAUUCCCUGUAUAUUUUGGCAUCCCAAGUUGCAUACAUCCAUGUUAUAUGAGAGAUGAUGGUUCUUAUCCUAAAACGAACCGACCCCGGCGCUCAGCGUUUUGGAUGAGACGCCCAUCAGGCGAUGCUACUUAAUCCUUUAGAUGUUAAAUCUGAACUAUGGCUGCAGAGUAUGGCCAUGCUAAAAAUUCUUUUUGGGGCGACUGUAGUCAUUCUUUAUUAAGAAUGGUGUUGUUUCCCAAUAAUUCAGCGACUAAACGUUUAAAGUCAUCAACGUAAGCAUAUCUCAAAGUCUUGACAUGUUCCCUGGCAGGUCAGUGUGAAGGCAAUAAUAAUACAGCCCAUGUGAUAUUGGACCUCCUUGGAAUUUCUACUUAUAUUUUUUAUGAUCCACUUUAAUUUUAUGCCUUUUGUUUUGUAAAAUGUUUAGGUAAUAAUAAUGCCAAGAGUUACAUGA